AUGACAGAGCAACAGCCGAAGAAGGAAGACAAGAGCACUGUAGAAAAAGAGGAAGAACUUCCGAAACCAAACAUUCAGAAAUCUAUUCGACAACUACCCAAGAUUGAAAUAACGGAUGAUGAAAAAGGCGAGAAGCUCCCCGAAUGCAGUGAAGGAGAAUGGGACGCCAGUGAUGAACCAUUUUCCGCCGAACUUCUGAAUGUUAAAAAUGCACCGAACAAAGUAUCAGUGUUCAGUGGCCCAUAUCGUUCAAAAGAAACUGUAGAAACCAUCAAAAAGUUGAAACCAGCUAUUACUCAAACUGCCCCAACUGUUGAUGACCGUCCGGACAAAUUGGCUCAAAUGAUGAGCGAGAUUUUCAGUGAAAUAAUCAAUGGGAAUGAUCUCUCCAAAAUCAAGGUUACAAUCAGUACAAAAAUACCAUAA